GACCCAUUUCGCCGAACAAAGGAUUCGCGCUGGAGCCUCGCUCAGCGCCGGGACCUAAAAUGGCGCCGGCGCGGCCGCCCCCGCCCCUUCCGCGGGCGCCACAGAGACGGGGCGGGCGGAGCGGCCUCCCCGCGGCGGCGCUCUGUACGCGGGCGCAGCCCCGGCUCGCUGGUGCGGGCGGGGAGGCGCUGCCGCGGCAUGGCGGGCGAGGGCGACUCUGAGCCGGGGAAGUCCUUUAAACUCCUGGGAUUUCUCGAUGUUAAAAAUGUUCCAUGUGCACGAGAGUCAGUGCUCUAUGGCUCCUUGGGGGCUUUAGUUAUGGGUCUUGGACAUUUUCUAGCAACUAGCAGAGUCAAAAGAUCUUGUGAUGUUGCAGUUGGCAGCUAUAUUUGCACAAUGUUAGGAUACUGGUUUUACUGCAGGUACAACUUGGCCCAGCAAAGGAUCCGGCAAAGAAUGAUUAAAGAAGGAAUGAAAAACAGAAUUUUAUUUGAAGGCAGUUAUCUUGAUCCACAAAACAAACAAACUGGCAGUGAAAGAAGUGAUUCAUAGGUUGCUCCGGAAGAGUUGUGGUUUAAUACAUCUCUGGGAAAAGGUGGUCCAAAAAAAAGUCAGUCUACACUGCAAGCCUGUGAGGUGUCUAAAACUGGUAAAGCAUGGUUUUCCUAGCAAACCUGAGCAGGAAAUUCAUAGUGAAUCUGUUAAGUUAGUACAAGCCUUGCUUUGUUUCAUGUAUGUAUGUAUGUGACUGCACACAUUUGGAAUGACGUCCUGUUAAACAUCUGGGAGCUGCUGUGUUCUCCUCAGGGUCUCAAAGGAUUAACAACAGUGAUUUGGGACUGCUUUAACUUCCAUUAUAAACAGAGUGUGGUUUGUUUUAGCAAAGUUGUAAUUACUUCUCAUUUAAAUAGAGGAAAAUAUUUUCAUCACCUGUUGAGUAAAUGCUAUUAUUAACAGUGCUGUUUGUGAAACAGGAAUAUUUGAGCAGUAGGAGAAGGCUUUGCUUGUGCAAAGUGGGUGAUAGUCAGCAGCCUUUGUAAGAUUUCAGCUGCAGGAUAACCAGAUAACUUACAUACAUUGUGAAGCUGAAGGAUUUCCAUCUUUGUUCUGUUUGAAACUAUGAAUAAAAUCACACUUCAGAGCAGUCUGAACUAUGUAAGUAAAUAAUUUUUUACUUCAUUUAAAAUCUUGCUACUUAAGACACUUCCUUUCUAUUUGUGGAGUCAUAAUCUACAUUGUUUGUAAGUAGCAAUGUUUGUUUUGGCUUUAAUUUUUUUUUAAAGGUAUGUUCUACAGUGAUUUUUCAGUUAAAAGAAAUACCAGUACAUAAUGUCAAGGAAACCAUCUUGUUUGGAAAUACAGUGUUAGGUCUAAUAGCAUAUUGGUCAAAAGAUGAGUGAUGACAUCACUUGCUUGCUUCUGCCUGCACGAGUGACACAAUGUUUUUAUUUUUCCAUAUAAUGAUUUAUGGUCUGUUAUGCUGUAAGCACUUUAUCGUCUAAAGGCAUGUCACCAAGCAAAAAUAGUCCUUUUCCCCCACCCUGUACUUACUCUGAGAGAGUUUGUGAUCUGUUGUUAACUCAUAUUGGUGCAGGGAGGUUUGAACAUCCAGAUGUUAACAGCAGUAUUGCUCCACUUAUUUAUUUGGAAAUAUACUUGAGAGCACUGAACAAACAUGCUAUUUACACUGAGAAAAUUAAACUUCUACCCUUUGUGGAUUAGCUUCUUAUAAGAAGAAAACAAACCUAUAUACUCUAAUUCCUUUUUGCCCUUCUAUUCCUCAUGUUUGUUUUGAAGGAAACGAAGAUACAUUUUAUUGAGGACAUUGACUUCAAUAUUUUAUAUUAAAAGUCUUCAGAAGAA